CUAGGAGUGUUCACGAGUGUCAUCGUAAUCGUUUCGGUCGGCUCCCUAAUCGUAACAGUUCAAGCCAAGCUUCUCGGUGGCCGGGUAUCGUUCUUCCAAGGUCUAUGUGCCCUCGGGUAUUGCAUAGCACCCCUCGACAUCGCCGCUCUCGUGGCUACCUUCGUGCAUAUCAUAUGGGUUCGUGCACCUGUAGCUCUCGCAGCGUGGGCGUGGUGCAUAUGGGCAUCCAUCAAUUUCUUCGAUGGCGCCAAAAUCGAGCAGCAGAGAAUACUCCUGGCUGUCUAUCCUUUAUUACUGUUUUACUUUAUUCUGGCAUGGAUGAUACUCAUCCAAUAG